AGACGCGAGCUUCUGGGGAACUAGAUAAAGCGGGUGCGUAGUGCCCUAUUGCAUUGUCACUGCGCGAAGUUCUUGUUGGCGGAAUUUACUUCAGCAACUUGUUCAUAGCCGUCAUGGAUUGCGGUGUGUUAACCUCCAAAGGUGUUUUGCUGUUCCUUAGCCUUAUUUUCUGGACUGCAGGGGCUGUUCUAGCUUAUGUGGGAGCCAUCUUGUUAUCCACCUAUAAGAACUACACAAACUUCUUUGAGGACAAAUAUGUUGUGUUGCCAGCUUUGGUGAUCAUUGCUAUAGCCCUUGUAAUGUUUCUCAUUGGUGUCAUUGGAUGCUGUGCAACUCUAAGAGAGUCUCGCUUUGGAUUGGGAUUGUUCAUGCUUGUACUGUUGAUCAUCUUUGCUGCAGAAGUUUCUGCCUUCGUUCUGGGAUUUCUCUACAGAGAAAAGGUGCAUGAAGGUGUGGAUAAGACAAUGACUGCUGUUUUUUCAAAAUAUGAUGGAAAGAAUAGUGAGAGUAAGACUGUGGACUUCUUGCAGAAACAGAUGGCAUGCUGUGGGUUGAUGAACUACACCUCCUGGGAAACCACUAACUGGUUCAUCAAAGGGAACAGGACUCUCCCCCUCAGCUGCUGCAAGCAUCAAUUCUCCAACUGCACAGGAAGCCCAAGUCACCCUGAACUCCUCAAUACUGCAGGAUGUGAGAUGAAGUUGGAGACUGGCCUUGAAUCCAUUUUGAGUUAUGCCAUGCUAGUUAUUCUGGGAUUUGCCAUAAUCAAGUUUUUUGGAAUGAUCAGCAUCUGUGUAAUUAGCUGCAGAGAAAAACAAACAGAUUACCAACCACUUCCUUCAUCUGGAAUAUAUGCAUGAAAACUUCCUGGAAGACAUCAGCUAUUAACUUGGUGAAACCUCACACUUAAUUGUUCAGACCCACCAAACUGAAUUGAUAGAUUUCAUUUUAAUGGAAAAUAUACCACCACUUUUGCAUCUGUACAGUUUGCAAAGUGGUGUACUUUGCAACAAGAACAUUCAAUGCAGGUUACAAUCUCUAAUACAAUACUUGUCUCUUCAGUUCAUAGUUUUUGAUGUAGCUUUGUUGCAACUUGGAACACAAGAAUUACAACCAUGUACACUCUUCUAAAUGUAUAAAAAUAUAACAAAUUAUAAUGCUGAUUUGAUCUAAGCAAACAAUUUCUCUCGGGUGCGGGUGCAAAGAAUAGGGGUUUAACCACAAUUUUGACUACUUUUGAAUGAAUGGCUUUGAUUUUUGCUUUUCCCUGCUUGAUAUGGGUCUAGUCUUGUCCACCAGUGUGGAUCUGUUUUUUAUUUGUUUUAUUGCAUUUGAAUACAGCUGCAAUCAGCCACUUUCUUGGUUUUAAAUAACUAUAAAAUCUUCCUGUGGUCACUACACUAGUAAAUGCAUGUAAGAAUUUCUUUAACAAUGGUUAACUUUCAAAAGUAUUCAAUUUCUACUUCAACUGUUUAUGCUGUCAAAUCAGCUAUUGGUGGUCCAGCUGUUCAGAUUUGAAAUUCUUAGUUACAGAUGACUUAAUCUUGUCAGCUCCAGGGUAAAUGUAAGCUUCUAACAGCUCUUUAAAUCUGUGCAUCCUGUUUUUAAAUUCAAUUUCCCUUAUUCAAGAUACCAGUUAUCAACUUUUUCCUUUUCUAACCUUUUAUCAUAGUAAAUGGUGUCACAUUUUGGUCUGAACAAGUGCAAUCGGGCAUUGCAUGUUGAAUAUUCAAUGCGGUAAAUCAGUAAUUCAGUGGUGGUAAUAGAGGAGAAAUGCACUUGUACCUGCAUGGCUUCUACCAUUCUACCUUUCUUUCACUCGGCUGAACUCAAAUAUCUGUCACAGCUUGGAUGCUAAUUAGCAACUGAAUCAAUCCUUGUCUCAUAAAUUGUAUUUCACUGAGACUGACCAAGAUCAAAAAGCUCAAAGCAAGGCUUAAAUCAAAUCCAGGAAAUUUUGACCAGUUUCUGCAGCAGACCUUAAUGUAAAGUAAAUGACUUUUAUAGCAAACAUCUUUUGGAAAAGUAUUGUGACAUUGUUGUGAUUUUAGUCUUCUCUGAAUAAAUGACUUAAUAUUUUGUGUA